AUGCAGUCAGAAGCAUAUCCGGCGGGCUCGCCUUUACAGGCGCCACUCGUCGUGCCGGAUGAGCCAUGUCCCGACGGCUAUCUUGAGAACCAUUGGAAGGGGGACCUUGAGCGUGGAUGGCGCACGUUUGAGGAUCUCAUGAGCGGUCAAGAGGACCGCUGGCAAGAUCUGGGCGAGAGGGCUGGAGUGCGUAGGUCUGUCUUCAACAACGGCCAAGCACUCCAUCCGCACGAGCUCGAGUGCACUCGUGGCGUCUCCUUCUUUGACAAUGUUCAAGCGCUCGACGUCUUCAGCUGCAUUUACAAUCCCGGCUUCCGACUGAUCUGGGACCACCGCAUCAAGGAGGCCAGCAUUCUCCAGCGCUUUUCGCAGGCCGAGUUCCUCUUCUACAUGGUCAUCCGUGGAAUCGGACCCAUCUAUUGGCCGCGUGACUACAUUGGCAUCGAAGGCGUCCGCUUCUACAAGCCCAACGGCCAAGUCGUCACCGACCACAUACCGUCAGAAUGUAACUGCAUCGACGUCAUCUGGACGAGCGUGGACAAUCCGCCCAGUGGUCCGCAAGAGGGAAAGGUGCGCGGUCGGCUCAACAUCGCUGCAUAUCGCAUUCAAAAUUGUGGCAAUGGGUGCGAUGUCACCUUCAUGAUCAGCCUCACCCUGUCCGCGCCUAUCCCGGCCUACAUUCGCCGAAUGCUCGUAGCAGAAUGUCCCCUCUCCUUGGCCAGGCUUCGCGACUCGAUUCCGACGUUCGGUGUCUGCCCGUACGUUGUCGAUGAACAAAGCUGUCUCGUCAUCCAGCGACACUUCUGGGACGCCGAGUCAAGAAAGAGCCACAUGCGAGCAUUCUCAAUCAAACCAGGCACCAUCGUCAUCAUGCUCGACACCAAGAGGAUGUAUCCGUCAGGCAUCAUGAUGCCGACGAUUGAGGGUCCUGGAUCUCACUCAGUCAGCGUGCAGGAGGCAAUCACGGGCGAUCGCCUCUUCGUUCACGUCGACCAGACCGGUAUCAGGCAGAAUUGGACGCUCUCAUUCGAGCCAAGGGACAAGGACCCUGAACCAGACGCGUCAGGCAAUUGGUGGUAG